ACAUCUUGUUGCCAGAACUUCAGUGACGCGGUGACACUGGAUUUCAUUGUUAUUCAUUCACGCUCUGCGUCUUUUUUCCUUCGUUAACUCGCGUUUGUUUUGCAGAGCAUCUGACCGAGGCUGGGCUCGGGUCCCGUGGUGCGCUCCCUGCUCGCAGCCUCGUCCUGAGCCGCUUAUUUGAUGUUUAGUUUGCGGACGGUGAAGGAAGGAUCACGGAUCCACCAGCCGACGUUAAGAUCCCCUCAGCUUUAAGGAUCAGAUUCUUAUUUAGAGGCGGUUAUAUAAGCAGGUAAAUACUGGCUUUCUCUGUGCGCACGGCGCUAGGACAAGUUUAGCGGCUAUUUAUUAUCCAUUCAGUCAUUUGGAACAAGAUAAUUCCCGUCCGUGUUCAUGCCAGAUCUGCAGCGCUUUAGUUUUCCAUACCAUAGCAUGAAUCCUUUGUUGGGGGCCAAUACGCAUCUCCAACAGCAUCCGCAGCAGAGCCACACUCCCGGACACCCAGACUCCCCCUCAGGCCUCCUCCCCGACGCCGUUUUCGGUGGACCGGACGCGGCGUCUUUCCUCCUGGGUGAGCAGCCUGGCUCCGGGCCUGAUCAGCCGGGGCCUGACUUCACCGCACCCUCACAGACCUCCCCUUACCUCCACCCAAGCAGCCACUACCAGUCCCGCGCCGUGCCGCACCCCCCCGCAGCCAUGGCUCUGAGAAACGACCUGGGGUCCAACAUCAGCGUCCUGAAAACCCUCAACCUGAGGUUCCGAUGCUUUUUGGCCAAAGUGCACGAGUUGGAGCGCAGGAAUAAGAUUUUGGAGAAGCAGCUGCAACAGGCGCUGGAUGCCAACAAGGGCUGCCAGGGUGGAUGCUGUGAGACCCAGGAGACAGGUGUGCAGACAGGGUUUGUGGGGACCAUACCGCUCAGGCCCGGCUCCCUCCCCUUCCACAACACCAACAACUCAGCCAGGAGGCCCACGACGCUGUUCCCACCUGCAGCUGAGAACUCCAGCUCAGCCCAGACAAACACCUGUAACCCAUCCAUCACCAUCAGCCAGUCCUCUCCCUGUGUGGACUCCCCUGGCUCGGGCCCUAAGACCCUCCUCAACACUUCUUCCGCCACCACAGCCCAGGGGACCUCCACCAACCCUCCUCCACGCUUCCUCCCAGGCACCAUCUGGUCCUACAACCACACCCGCAAGUUUGGGCCCGGUGCGGAGCGUCUGACCAGCCCGGGAGUGUCCUGGAUGCACCCCGAUGGUGUCGGGGUCCAGAUUGACACCAUCACCCCUGAGAUAAGGGCGCUGUACAACGUCCUGGCCAAAGUGAAGAGGGAAAGGGACGAGUACAAACGCAGAUGGGAAGAAGAAUACACCAUGAGGAUGGAUCUGCAGCAGAAAAUUGGCGACCUACAGGAGGACCUGCAGGAGAGUGAAGGCUGUCAGGACGAGCUGGCUCUCAGAGUUCAGCAGCUGAAGGCAGAGCUGGUUCUCUUCAAAGGGCUCAUGAGCAAUAACCUAUCAGAGUUGGACAGUAAGAUCCAGGAGAAAGCCAUGAAGGUGGACAUGGACAUCUGCCGCAGGAUCGACAUCACUGCUCGUCUCUGUGACGUAGCUCAGCAGAGGAACUGUGAGGAUGUGAUCCAGAUGUACCAGGUUCCAAACAAUCAAUCUCCCCUGAACUGCCACCGGAAACAAACGCCCCUGUCCUUGAAUGGCAGCGACUGUGACAAACCAGUCAGCGGCUCCGAGAGCGACGGGGGCGUGGUCAAAGACGAAGAGCACUGCAGUUCAUCGGCCAAUCAGAUCAAUGAGGAGAUGCAGAGGAUGCUGAACCAACUGCGUGAAUGUGAGUUUGAGGAUGACUGUGACAGUCUGGCCUGGGAGGAAACUGAGGAGACGCUGCUUCUUUGGGAAGACUUCCCAGGAUGCACUUUACCUCCUGACCCCACCCACCCACCAGGAGAGCAGGAGGACUGUCUGGAACAGGUGAUUAAUGACACUGAAUGUCUUUUCAAGUCCCGGGAGAAGGAAUACCAAGAGACAAUUGACCAGAUUGAGCUGGAACUGGCCACGGCAAAGAGUGACAUGAACCGACACCUGCACGAGUACAUGGAGAUGUGCUCCAUGAAGAGAGGCCUGGAUGUUCAGAUGGAGACCUGCAGGAGACUCAUCACUCAGACUGGAGACAGUAACCCUGCAGCACCUGCGUCCACGGACGACAGCGAACAGAGAGAGAGCGACCGCUCUUCAGCAUCUCCACCAUCCUCCUCGAGUGUGCCGAGGUCUUGACACUUCCUCCAUCCGGCAGCAAAGGGGACGUGACCUCUGCUGCGUCCAGCUUCAGCACCGCACCAUCGCAAUACACACCUGUAACUAUGGCAACACCGUGUUUACAUACAGACCUUUUGAUUUACUGAGUCAUGCUGUUUAUUCUUCCUGUGGUCAGCUUUGGUCAUUGAAGGAGACUUUGAGCAUUUGAACUGUGAUUGAGCAGCAGAGCUGAUGGUUUUUUUUUUUUUUUUGGUCCUGACUCCUUCGUGCAGAUGUCACUGCCCUGCAGAGGGGCGAGCUCUUCUCAUAGCUGGACCCUGUAAUUUUGUAUGUAAGAAAGUUGAAUCUUAUGAAUGUUUGUCCUGUGAAGAUUCAGAAUGUUGCAGCUCUGAAUUUAUCAUUGCUGUUCUUGUCUUGUUGUAUAGUGAGACACGCACAACUAAAAGAGUAGUGGAUGACUCUCAGCUAAUCGAGCGAGGAACCUCAUGUCCAUUUCACACCAAUUUACAGGCUGAUUAUUUACCUAACAGUAAACACGUAGAAAAAAGAGCAGGAUGGUCUGAGUUGUGCAACAAAGGUUGUCCUAGAGGUAACAAGUGAAUUAUCAGUAUGAGUAUGAUCAGCAACUUUGGCGUCAAUAAUGAUGAGUGUGAGUCUUCAAUGUCUAGCAAGAUGUCAUGAUUCAGCAUUUAACUGCCUUACAGCUGCAGCUUCUGAGCUUGUGUACGUACGCUAAGAGACUAAAUCACAGGCAAACCUUAAACGCGCAGUAUGUAACUUCAGCUGCAUUGAAACCAAAAGACCGAAAGUUUCAUGACGUCGUGAAGUAGCGUGGGAUCAUGGGAGUCAUUGACUUUGUCAUUGCUUGUUGAAAAUGGUGUGACAGAGGCAAAAAAGUUCAAGGAUGAGGGCAAGUUUUACUCAUGUUAGGUGAAGUCACCCUCGCCGACUUCCUUCCUCACCUCCCACUAUAUCCUCUGGUGUUUCCCUGGUAGUUAUAGCAACAGGCAAAUAAAACGUGCCACUACCUUUAAUAAGAUUAUUCUGGAGUUCUCUAAAAACUAGAGUUUGAGUGCUUUGGAGCUCCUCGAUCCUAAACAUUGCAUUAAACCUAUGAUUUAUAGAUAUCACAGUUCAAUCACUGCAAUUCAAAAAAACAACAUUUUAACAGUAAUUACAUUAUUGGCUUUAAAAAUGAUUUCGGUGUCAGGUUUAGGACGUGGAAACCAGACGGAGGCACCGACAUCUAUUUCUCAGUGACUGUAACUAAGUAGAAGCAGAAGCAUUUUUAAGGAAAGUUAGAACCCCAACCCGUUAAACAAUGUUUAUAUCAUAUAACAAAAAAACCACAUCUGAAAUGCGUCGAACAACACAGGUAAAUAGUUCGAGGCGCACAAUAUAUACUGGACUGAUCAAUUAUCUGCUGAAAAUUAAACUGUAAUUGAUAAGUAGAGCCGUUAAUAUAAAGCCAAGUUGCUUUCACUGACUUAAGCGCAGCAUGUACACACUCUGAUACAGUAGGUGUUAAUAUGAACCUUUAAUGUUGGUUCGUGAUCCACCAAUAAACACGGAAGAAGAACAACAACAACAACAGGUGCAGCAUGUUGUCGUCGGACUCAUGACAUCAAACUGCAGCACCAGUCAUCAUGUCAGCGCCGGCAUGCACGUUUAUUUACAUUUUCAGAGGAAGACAGCAUGAUUGCAACUUGCAAUGAAUGUUCCACAAAAGGUUUAGAGAGGAGGACACAAAGACUAUGUGUUUUAACAUACAUUAUUAGGGCUGUGGACAGGUUAGGAACUACUUUUUAGAAUCCAAAAAUAUAAAACUGGUGUUUAUCUUAUCGCCAGUGAGAAGCAGGUAAUUACUGGCUACAAAAAGACACUAUAUUGCUCAUCCCUAUUUUGAGGUGUGUAAUUUCUCUUCCUGGUGCUUCAUACGAAACAUAAAGGUGUUGUUUUCAGUUCUAAAUGUAGCCACAGUCUUCGUCCUGUGCUGUUAAAACUCAGUAGCACCCUCUCAAAGCCGAUCUUGAGUCAGUUCCCUGUGCUCUCUGUGUCACUGACACUCAGGCAAGAAACGUCCUGUGUGAAUGCUACAGAAUGCUUCCAUUAGAAACGGAUCAGGUUCAAGCGGAGCUGCAUGGUUGAGCUGAAGGUCGUGUGAGGAUAGUAAAAGAAAUUAGCUGCUGAGUGCCAAAAUAAAAUGGUCAGAUUGAGGAACCAACAGGAAGUUGCUGGGGACAAAAAAAAAAAAAGGAAUGACUAAACAUAGCUGCCGAAGCUAUUUCACCAAGGUGCUUGAUGUAUAUAACUAAACCUAUUUUUGAGCCUGUAGACGUUUGCACAUAGAAAGGAAGAGCAAAGCAAAAAUGUAAAUGAAACAAUCAGCACUAUUACUUGUAGAACGUGUAAUGACAAAUGUAAAAAUAGAAAAUUAUAUUUCUUCAAUUCAUAUUUCCUCACAUUUUCCUCAUUGUUGCUGGUGGGGUACUAGAAUAACAAAUUAACAUGAACACCUCAUUUUUACUUUAUUUAUGUUUUCUGUGCACAUUUAGCCAACUUUAUCUCUGACACUCUGCUACAGUAACUGUCAGGGGAACGGCCCCCUGCUAUCACUGCUGUAUUAUCAGACACUGUUGACUAAACGUAGUCCUGGCUGUAGUUUCCUCUGUGUGUUUGAACCAGGUGAAAUGUUUUUUUCUUCUGCUUCUACUGCAACUUGAAGACUUUAUUUCACUCGGAGUGAUCGUUUAACUGAAGCCUAUAUAAACUCCUGCAUGUGUGGCUGUUGGAAAUCAGCUGAACGCUAAUCGCAAUGUUUCACUGAACAGAAGGAGGAUGUCAGAGAUGAACUGUGUGAGACAUAAAAACACACCAUUUUCCUUUGUACAGGUUUACCUUCACACACUGAGUGAGUCUCUAUGUAUGCAUGUGUCAGUGUGUGUGUUUCUGGGUGUUACAUAUGUAAAGUGAGUGUUUUUAAAAGAAAAAGACUUUUACCGGGGCAAAUGUACAACAUGAAGAAGAGGAAGGAAACAUAACAAGUCCAAUUGACUUAACAAGAGAAAUUUGAGGCCAAAGUGUCUUUUGACAAAAUUGUAAAUAUUCAAAUCAAAUGACAAUGGAGUUAUCUUUUCCAUGGGUACUCUUUCUUUAUGAGUGUAUGGACUUGCCAAAUAAAGUCAAUUUAAAAAUAACUCAAGUAAAAAAAAAAAAAAAACUACUGAAAUGCAAAUGCUUUAGCGAAAUGACUGUACUGAUGGCUAUGAUAAUAUAUGUGUAAAGGAUAUAUAUAGCUUUGGAUAUAUACUUGUGUUCAAAGACUGCAGAAGAAGAUUGCCCACAGUCACACACCUGAAAAGAAAACAGCUUCAAGUUUUCAAUUAAGAUGAAAUUACCCAAUUGCUGUAUUUAGCUAUUUAAUGUUAAACAAAGGCAGUCAAUGACAAAAAACCCUUAUCGCUUCAGAGGAGAAGCCUUUUUUCAAAACCACUCGGAUUGGAUUUGUCUCAUUAUGAUGUUGACUGAAUACUCCAGAUGUGUGACUAUGCAGCUUUAUAUAUCAAGACAGUAAUCUAGGCUACACAAGCUUCACUGCAGAGCUACAGUAUGUAAUGUGUCAAGACAGACUGAUAGAAUAAAAGAUGCAACUGAGCAACAAGA